AGCUAUACCUUACAAUGUGUCUUGCCGAUCAAUAAUUUUACAGAGAAAAUCUACGUAUUCCUCUGGUUUUGGUUUGCUAUCCUGGGUCUACUGACAACACUGAACACAUUACAAUGGGCAAUGAACACAAUAUUGCCAGUACGCCGUGUACGUUAUAUUAAACAAUAUUUAAAAGCAUUACGCUUGAUAUCUAGUACUGAGGAACGUGAUUGUGCCCGAUUUGUAAAUAAUAAUCUAGGCGCUGAUGGCGUCUUCAUCCUUCAUGUUGUUUCAAAGAUAGCAAGCGACCUGAUCGCUUUGGAUGUGACAGCUACAUUAUGGAAAAAUUAUCGACAGGCUAAAAUUACGGGAACAGAAGAGGAUGUAAAUCGAUUACUUGAAACUGUUAAUCGUGGUUCAUCUGUUGUCUAACCUUGAUGUGGGCGUCGAUGAUGAUCACUAGCGGUGGGCUAAUUACAUACAACAACAAACCGUCAAACUAAAAAAAAUAUACACAUGCAAACAAAACUACAUGAAUCCCUAUGCAUUUAUUUACAAUCACUAGUUUUUCCAUCGACGUCCACAGCUCAAAAAACCAUCGAAUUUCAGUUACAUCUCCAGUAUGUCUGUCUUUCUGGAACUUAUUCCUAAUAUUAUUAUUCUCACUGAACUUAUACUACUAUCAACAUUAUGAGUAAUAUAUAUAUAUAUCCUUAUUGAUUAUUUUUUGUGCAGUUCAAAUGGUUGGUGAGUCAGCUAUACAGAGAUAUACUUAUUCAUUUGCAUAAAUAUUCAUAAUGUGGACCAAAUUAUUCCUUACUCCACACUUCCAGCAUAUAAAGAAUUUUAAAUUUUAUAGAUUAUAUUGAUUAUUUCUCAGACAUUCAAUUUUUGUUCUUUUCCUUUUGUCUUUUCCACUCUAUAAUUUUACACUUUCAUGUCAGAAAACCUCACUACAAUUUCACUAUUGAAGAGGGAGUAGUUUUAAUCGUCAGUACCUGUAAGAUGACUUUCAAAUCUAAUCGUUUAACAAAACAAAGUAUAAACGAUGAAUUGUAUGAGUCGACCACUUGUUGAAAGGACUAUGUGGAAAUGUUUUAUAAUCUUGUACACUUUUAUUUUCACACAAGGAUGAGAAAAAAGCAAGUUGAACAAAGAACAAAUGAAUGAUGAGAUGAAAAGAAGUACAUAAAUUGAUGUCUGUGUAAUCCUAUUCCGCUUUCUUUGUUCUCCGUUUGCUCAAAAUGAGUUGUGCGUUGAAUUUAUUGAUUUUUAAAUCCUUCCAUUUUUUUUUUCUCUCAUGUCGUUUGUUGAAUUAUUUGACUAAAUACUUCCUGUUCAUCAUGAUCAUAAUCUCUACAAUCAUAUUCUCUUUUAACCUGUUGUUAAAUUUCUAACUUCAGUGGGCCAUAAUUCUUAUUUACCUUUUAUCUUAUGAUGAAUGCUGAAUUUCAAAGUUUUUUAAGGCAUGAUUUCCGCACUACUUUAAAGCAUCACUUUAACAAUCAUAUGUAUGGGUAUGCAUACUUCUUUAUGUAUGCAUGAGAUCGUGUAGUCAAUCGAUGAUUUUCAUCUUUAUGAAUCCUUCAUGAAAUUGACUUAGUGUGCAUGAAAAAUGAUUUAUUGAUCAGUUCAAUGAGAAAAAACAACAGGUGAUAUAUUUCACUCUCCUUCUCUGAGUGUGCCAAAUUCUGUGGGACUGUGAAAAUGAAAUUCCCCUUAAAUAAUGAAAUAAUAAUUUCUGUGAGAAAUAUGGACACCACAAGCUAGUUAUCCUGAAUCUAAACCAAAAAACUGAUUUUCAAAC